CAGCACAAAGUUACAGAGGGCCGGUCAGGCAGAGCAACUGUGUCUUCUCUUAAAAAGAGAGAGAGAGAGAGAGACCGAGAGAGAGAGAGAGAGAGAGACUGAGCUCUCAUGAGAGGAAGAGCAGGACACUGAUAUUUCAGAGGGAGCCUGUGGUAUUAGCCGGACUCCUCGGCUGUCACAGCAGGAUCUAUGUCCUCCUGAACCCUGCAGGCUGCUCCCCUCCCGCCGACACUGACCCCAGGCACCGCUUUCUGGAUGUCAGCACCUAAAUCUGUGGAUGUGAUCAACAAUCAGGUUAUAUCACCCAUCAUUGGGAAACAGCCCAUGGACCUAAAUGUCACACAGAAGCUGUUACAUCCAGGACCAAACUCGGCCAUGCUGGCCCCCCACCAUCCCUUUUUCCUGCAUCCCAUCUCCUCUCAGCAUUACUCCCAGUUUACUCAGCAGCAUUUACAGUAUAACUCAGACCAAAGACAAAGUGAGAUGGAGGAAGAGAAAAGAGAAGAGCGACAACAACUAAUGAACAAAAGUAAAAAUGAGCAAAGUGCUGUAGCCAGUCCACUGGUAAGACAGAAACUGCGGGAAUACAUAAUUAUGAAGAAUCAACCCACCCUUGAGCGGGUCACUCCCAACCACUGCACUUCUAUACCAGGCUAUAUGAUUCCAGUUGCUGACGUGUCCCCAAAAUUUUAUGGCCCAUCCUGUGAUCAGCGUAAGGACCUUCAACUGCGCAGAACAGCCUCUGAACCCCCUUUGAAGAGGAGGUUAAAGAAGAUUAUUAAUACACGUCAAAGCCCAGUGCAGCGUAAAUCCAGUGAACCUCCUCUGGUGAAGCACAGGACCGAAGCUCUGGACUCCUCUCCCAGCAGCAGCAGCAGUAACCCGGCAUCAGGGUGCAGUUCACCAGCCAAUGACAGCCUCCAUUCAGAGAGCGGUGCCUUCCCGCUAGCUGAGGCACAAAGGCUGCUGCUGAAGGAUGACAGUUUGGCCCAUUUUACUUUGCCCCCGAACCCCACUGCAACACCCACCAUCACUGUGGGGCUUCCUGCACGGGCUGAUCUUCACGUAGCCAAGUUGCCUCAGGUUUACAUGUCUGUGGACGGAAACAGUCCAACCCUGGCUCAGCACCUACAACCUUUGCUAAUACUGGAACCACAACACGGACUGGUACCCACACAGAUUCUUACCGUUCAUGGUUUGAGCUCUAUUCCAAUGCAGCAACAUCAGCAGCAUCUCUACCCUUCACCUCCUGCAAGGAGGAACGACUAGGACCCUUCCUCCCACAGGCCCCUUGAGCGAACACGUUCCGAGCCUCCCCCCUACAGCCGUGCACCCCUUCUUCGUCACCCAUGUGCCCAGCCCCCCCAACACUAUGACAAAGUCAUGCUGGAAAGGCACAAACAGAGCACAUACCUGAGCAAGCUGUUGAGCACGUCGACUGAAAAGACCCGUCUCACACAAAUCUCAUCGGAGGACAUGGAUCUAGAAGAAACUGGAUCAGGGACAGGAUCCGUGUGUGGUUCAGAACCAGGUUCAGUGUGUGAAGACCACUACCACAGGAGACAGAGCAAUGCCAGCUCUGAUUCAGUUUAUGACACAGAGUCCAUUACGUCCUCAAGGGAGAGCUUGAUCGAGGACUCACACUUGGUAAGUCAGAGGCAAGUGAUCCAGAGACCGGGCACCCAGGUGGAGUCUGUGAGUGUGCCCGUCCUAAUGUGGGCCCCACCAGCCUUAUACCGGACCCAAUCCUCCCCAGCAUCCACAACUCUGCAUCCUCCUCACCCCCCUCCAGCAGCCACCACAGCGUCACUGUCACUGUCUAGCCCUGCUACAGACGCAUUUGUCAAGUUGCACUUCACCACUGGUUUGGUAUAUGACAGUCAGAUGCUGAAGCACCAGUGCACUUGCGGGAACAACAGUUUCCACCCUGAGCAUGCUGGGAGGAUCCAGAGCAUCUGGUCUCGACUUCAUGAAAGAGGCCUCAGGAGCCAGUGUGAACAUAUCCGCAGUAGGAAGGCAACUCUAGAAGAGCUGCAGUCAGUCCAUUCAGAAAAACACGUGCUCCUUUACGGAAACCUGCUCCACCGUCUCAAACUAGACAAACGAAAACUAACCGGAAUCUUAUCUCAACGAAUAUUUGUGAGGUUACCAUGUGGAGGAAUUGGGGUGGAUGAUGAUACAGUAUGGAAUGAAGUUCACACAUCAGCCGCUUCCCGUAUGGCUGCAGGCUGCGUCACAGACUUAGCGCUAAAGGUGGCACAAGGAGAGCUGAAGAAUGGAUUCGCGGUAGUGAGACCCCCUGGACACCACGCCACCCAUGACAUCCCUCUGGGUUUCUGUUUCUUCAACUCUGUGGCUAUUGCUGCCAAACAGCUCCAACAAAAGCGAAACAUCAGCAAGAUCCUCAUUGUGGACUGGGAUAUUCAUCAUGGCAACGGCACCCAAGAUGCUUUCUACAAUGACCCAAGUGUCCUUUAUAUCUCUUUACAUCGCUAUGACGAUGGCAACUUCUUUCCUGGUGUUGGAAAUCCCAGUGAGGUGGGUGCAGGUGCAGGUGAGGGCUUCAACGUGAACGUAGCAUGGACGGGUGGCUUGAAUCCUCCCAUGGGUGAUGCUGAGUACCUAUCUGCAUUCAGAGCCGUGGUGAUGCCCAUUGCCCACGAGUUUUCCCCUGAUGUGGUGCUGGUGUCUGCUGGAUUUGAUGCUGUGGAAGGACAUUCCUCAUUAUUAGGAGGAUACAAAGUCACAGCCAAGUGUUUUGGCUUCCUGACUCGUCAGCUGAUGUCCCUCGCUGGGGGUCGAGUUGUUCUGGCUCUGGAGGGGGGACACGACCUGACAGCCAUCUGUGACGCAUCUGAAGCCUGUGUCAGCGCCUUGCUGGGCAUGGAGGUGGAGCCUUUGUCUCAGGCCGUGUUGGACCAGAGGCCUUGUGACAAUGCUGUGAGGUCACUGCAGAAGGUCAUCCAGGUUCAGGGUGAGUACUGGCAGAGUGUGAAGGAUUCCGCCGGCACACUGGAUCUGUCCUACCUGCAGGCCCAGCGCCGACGGCUGAGACGAGAUUCAGACAGCGAGGCCGUCACGGCUCUGGCUUCACUCUCAGUGGGCGCUCUAACCUCCGACAGGAAUCAUCCAGAACAACUGACAGAGAAAGAUGGCUCCAUGUGAAGAAAAGGACCUUGUGAUGGCCGAUUUUGAUCGCGUUCAUGCACUCACGCACACACAGUUAUACAUUUAGACCAUUACUGACAGCAGAUGUCUCUGUUCGUCCAAUGGAUUUUUGUCUCAAAAAGCAUCAGAGGUGUUUUUCUGCAGCGGAUGCUCCUGACCUGCUUCCAUAAACAUGCCUGAACAUUUGAGGUGCAACGUUCACCUGAAGGAACUCAUUAUGUCGCCACGGCUCUGCAUUUAUCUCCCCUAACCUGAGAAAAGUCUAAAAAGAAGCCGAGCCACAGUUAGGAAGGAUCUGACUGAUGUCACACUGGGAGCCGCACACUUGACAAAGCACAGUUAUGCAACUUCAAACAUUCACCUUGUAAACGACUCCCACAAGACCUGCACAAGACCACUCGGACUGUUGUAAGCUUGCAUUGGGGUCAAAGGUCCUUUUGGCUUAUUGGAGCCAAUCACUCAGAGCGGAAGGACUCACCCCGAAAUGACGUGGCUGUGAAGGAGAGCAGAUACACGCUCUGCGCUUAAAUGGCGCCCCGCUGUAAUGAUGUCAUUUGUCUGUGCGCGACACGGGACCAAUGAAGGAAAAAAAGAGCAAUGUUUAGUUUUCUUCUGUGUUUAAACUUGACAGCGGAUGAUAUGCAGACAAUCAUGUCUUUUUAGUUGAUUUGAAGGUAUAAAGUCCGCGAGAAUGAUGAUACUGUUUUGUAUGUCCGCGUAUUUUUCUUAAAUGUUAUUUUUCAGCAACUUUAUUUCAGACCACAGUUUUUGUACCUUACUAACCAAACUGACCGAAUGUGAAUUAAUUGUCUAAACAUAAAGCAGUUCCUGUGGUGCUGGAGUACAGUGGCGGGCGAACGUCUGCAGUCACCUGCAUAUCGACAUCAGAGACACCCGUGAUGCCUCAGUGCAGCAUGUGCGCGCUCAGAAAUAAUUGUAUAUGUGACACUUGCAUGUUGUCUUUAAUGGUGAGGUUGAUUCUGUGAUUUUGGGUGAGACAGUCAGUCAAAAAGUGCACUUCUGUGGCCUUUAGAAGCAGAGGCUGGGCUUACGUUGGCUCUUCACGUCUGAGCUUUAGUGAAGCUUUUUAAAUGGACCAGUGUUUGUACCUGUGAGCAUUCCUGCUGUAAAUUUUGUAGGUUUUAUUUCUUCCCGAACAGGAACAAAAAAGUGUCCUUGUUUUACUGUCAUCUUCAGGGAUCUUCUACUCCCUGGACCAAACUGACAUUUUCUCAGUUCUAACUCUGGCGGAAAAUGAUACUGAGAUAGCUGAAUAUCCACACAGUGCAGCACAACCAACGUUUAUGGGAACAAUGUGCCGUCCCUGAACUAGCAUGACUUAAAUAACUUCAAAGACUUUGAAAAGUCUAUGAAUGUUUCUUUCUUUUCUGUCCAAAGUCGAACAACACCAAAAGCAGAUGACGGCAUUAUAAACAUCUUUAUUUUAAUUCAAAAAACCUACAUGACCAUUAUUUAUACAUCCAGAUUCUUUGUCUUUGAAGUGCGCCUUGCGUGUCUAACACAAUUUUGACGGUGCUGCAACAUACAGUAUGUUUGCAUUUUUGUUUCUUUCUUUGUGUUGCAUUGCACAUGCAACCUAAAACCCAUUGAACUGUUAUUAAUCUGUUGAAAAUGUGAAAAUCGCGGUGUUUUCAGCCCUGCACUGUAUUGGACAGUCAUAUAGCGGCACAGAGCUUUUUGUCUUUGUGCUGUUUUGUUACAGCAUUUAUGACAAUGGGCUGAGGCGUCUUAUCUUUUGUCUUAAUUGAUGCAAAUGACUUAUUUUUGUAUUUGUUGUCAAAAAUCAGCUCUGCGCAUACAUGAAGACCAAGUUAUGACUAUGCUGACCAACCUGUGUGAAGGUAAACUUUACAAACUGGAUCUUUAUUAAAAACCAGUUGGAAAAUGCCUCUCUUUUUUCAUAAUUAUUACAUAACUGUCUGAUUUUAUUUUUGUACAGUGUACAUGAAUUACCCUGUUCUUUUUUUGUCUGCAUUUUAUCUUUUAUAUUGUUUAUGUUAAAAUACCUUAAUAAACGUCAAUUAUAUUUGCUCAUUUCA